AUGGCAGCACACUUAGUUUUCGGACUACUCUGGUCGGUCAAUCUGGCAUGGGCAGCGACUCCAGGAGAAAUCCAAAAUUACUUCAAAACUCAACUAUCCUCUAGCUCGGAAGUUGUACUUUCCAGUUCUCAGGCCUACAUAACCGAGAUCAAGCAAAGGUGGAACGCCUAUGAUCCGCCAUCCUUUGUUGUGGGUGUAAAGCCUGCUACUGCCAAUGAUGUCCGUUACGCUUCAAGCAACAGCAUCCCAUUCAUGGGAACAGGUGGCGGCCAUGGUUAUACCACAACUACUAGCGCCCUGAAGAACGGAAUCAAUAUAGAUCUCAGUGGCUUCAAGGAAGUAUCAAUUGAUUCUGCAGCAAGCAUAAUGACCAUUGGCGGCGCUGUCACCUUUGAAGAAGUUCUAAAUCCCGUUAGUAACACCCUGUCAGAGACUGGAUCCUGCUCAUGCGUUGGAAUGGUUGGCGCUACCAUAGGUGGCGGUAUCGGCGUCCACCAAGGUCUUCAUGGUUUGAUCAUAGACGCACUCCAGUCGGUGACUGUUGUGACCGGAAAUGGGGAUGUUGUUAAUGCAUCACUUUCCGAAAAUAGCGAUAUGUUUUGGGGUAUCAGAGGCGCCGGACAGAACUUCGGUCUCAUAACCUCCGCUACUUACAAACUACAUGAACAGACCAACCUCGGCCAGGCUUUGAACGGCGAUUUCCUUUCCCCAGUCAGCGCGAAUGCUACUAUUUUCAACGCCCUGAAGUCUUUCACUCGGAACCAGCCUGAUGCUUUUGCCGUUACGAGCGCCAUACAAUACUCGCACACUUUGAACGCGGUCAGUUUAAGAAGCCAAUGCUGA